UGUUCCAAAAUAAUAGCCGUAGUUUAGCAACAAAACACUUCCGAAGCAUCUGACAACGUCAUUCAAAAACCAAAAAAGUCAAGACGAAACCCGAACCGAAUUUCCCCCGACAUGGACUGGCUCGCGUCCCUGCUACCCUCCGACUUCGGAUCCCACUACUACUUCUUCGCGGUGGCGGUCAUCGUGCUCGGCGGACUCUACCUGAACGACCUCUGCAACGGCGAGAACACCAUCCAGGGCGACGCCAACCUCAUCUUCUACGGGUACAGCGCUCACGACGGACCCGCCGUCUGGAUGCGGCAUUUCGCGACCGCCGCCGAAGGGAAGGCACAGUCGCCGAUCAACUUGAAGGAGAAGUACGCCGUCGUCGUGCCGACGGAGACGUCGCCGCCGCUAGUCUUCUCUGCAGACUUCCAUGCCGCCCCCGCCGAGAUGAAGAUCUACAACAACAGCCACAACGUCGUCGUGUACGCGGCGUGGCCGAGCGGGAGGUCGCCCUCGCUGGUGGGGGGACCGCUCGCGGAGGACUACAGCUUCGUGAACGCGAGGUUCCGGUGGGGGCCCAAUGAUCACGAGGGCUCGGAGCAUAUGGUCAACUCCACCAGGUUCGCCAUGGAGCUACAGGCGGCCUUCGUCAAGACCUCCUUCGGCAGCGAGGACAUCCUGGAAGCUGCCAGUAGCGGCGCCCUGCUCAUGCUCAGCUACCUAUUCAUGGUUACGCCUCUAGACAAUCCUUACUUGGAACCCAUCAUCGGCUCUUUGAAGUACCUGCGGUACCCGAUGAGCUGCAUCUGCAUCGAGCCCGUCAUCCUCUCGCUGCUGAUGCCCGACUUCUCCAGGGAGUACUACAGCUACUCGGGCUCGCUCACGUUCCCGCCCUGCACGGAGGGGGUCACGUGGAUCGUCAAACCCGAGCCCCUGAUGAUCUCUUCGAGGCAGAUCAAACAGUUCCGGAAGCUGCACGGCUGCCGGGGCAGGAUCGAAACCAACACGAGACCGGUGCAGAAGAUUGAGGACAGAGACGUAUUUUAUUACGACUGAUAUAAAUGCGAUUUCUUCGUAUG